GGACCUGUCGAACCACCCCACCGGCCGCUCCGAACCGCCCUCCGUUUCAACCGCUCCGGACGUCGCUGAACUCCGCCUUUCGGCUCGAACGCGCGAACGGCCGCGUGACGGAGACGUCGAAGCGAACGAGCGAAGCACGAGACGUGCCGCGCCGCGCCAGCGAGCUGCUGCCAGCCAUUGGAAACGGGGUUGGGAGGUAUGAAUCUGCCUCUCCGUGGCAUGAACACUCGCAAGAUCAGCGACCCGCACCAGGAAAGGACGUUGCAGGCAACAGCGAGGAAGGCCCAACUUCUACAGGACUUCUUACACAGGCAUGGCUUCAGCGAUUCGAACUCCCCACGUGGUGUGGGCGGCUGUCCCCACGGCCAUGCUCCGAAGGUGAAAAUGGAAUAUGCCAUGCCUCUCCACGUGGCCGCGCAGCUCGGCGACCAGGAGAUCGUUCAGCUCCUCCUGAAGUCUGGCGCCGAUGCGUUGGCCACCACGGGAGGAGGGACCGCCUUGGAGAUCGCUGAAGAGAUGAAUUGUGACGGAUCCCACCGUGGUGUGAUCCUGUUGUUGCGCGAGUCCUUGAAGAUGCAUUCGGUCUGUUUGUAGCACGCUGCCCGCGGGGAUUUUCACCGGGUGGUAGAUGAGAUUGACGGACUCCUUCAGAGAUCAAGAACACCAUUCCAGGACCAAUCCUGGAGUUGUUGGGGCAGAGGGGAUGUCGUGGCCAGGGUGACACAAGGGUCGUCUCCCAGGGGGGCC